AUGAUACAAUACUUUCUUUUUAACAUCGUUUCGUGUCUCUUGGUGGCCUCUGGACUUUCUGCAAGUGUGCCCCCAGCGUCACUGGACCAUCCCCGAUUACAUAAACGAGCCUCCGGACCAAGUGCUUGUGCCCAAGUCGCCCACCUUAGUGAUGUCUGGAAGGCGGAUCCAGCGAAUAACGAUUCUUAUACACCUAUGCCUGCAAAACUGGCGUAUGACUGCCUUACUUCAGUUCCGUUCAAUCAGAGCGCUGCUCUCGCUUUAGUCAAUAACACCAAGCCAAUGCUAAGUUUCCAAACGACUACUUUUAUUCUCAAGAACCCACCAUGGGAUUGGGCUAGAAAAGUUCGACCUGGUUAUGAUCUAUUUGGAGAAUUGGAAAAAGUCAGGAGAAAGGUGGCUUCAGGAGCCUAUGCAAACGAGCAUCAAUUUGGCAUGGAACUUUUCCAAGUUUUCCAGUUCGCUCAUGAUGGACAUCUUCAAUGCUACCCCGAUUCCAUAGGCACAGCUUUUGCUUUUCGACGUGGGGCUCCUCGUCUGGUCUCAGUUUCUGCAAAUGGUUACGACCUUCCACGUGUCUACUCCUUUGAUGAUGUGACUGCUGAGUCACUUGGUGGUAAAUCAUUCAAGGCUUCGCCAAUUACACAUAUUUAUGGUCAAGAUGUUCAAUCAUUAUUAGAAAAUGAUUCAAAGUGGGAUUACGGCACUGAUUUAGAUGCAACUUAUAAUGCUCUCUUCGCUUCUGUAGCUGGCGGAAUGUCACCGAAAGGCGUAGGUUACCAAGGAAACUUCCACACAUGCGGGGAUAUGGACGCUGUCUAUCCUGGCCCUACCACCAUUUUGCGGUUUGCGAAUGGUACUCAGAGAUCGUUCGAAAACAAAGCCUAUCUCACAGUUCCCUUUGAUGGCAUCUCUGAUGGAAAAACCCUGUAUCAAACCUAUUACAGCACUCCGAAAAUUACGUCCGACGAUGACCCUGAUUCACAGACAUCAUCAAACUCCACUUCGUCAAAUUCCACGUCGACAACCACAUUUCCACUGCCGCCAGGAUACCCGCCACCUAUCUUCCUUGAGUCAACACAAAAUUAUGGUGGAUUCUACCUUGACAGCUUCUACUCAGAUGUUGCUGUACUUACCGUACCAACAUUUGAUUACAGCUCUGAUACCACAAUCGUCACGCAGGAUUGUUUAGCCAAGUUUGUUACUGAAGCUAAAGCAGCUGGAAAAAAGAAGCUGAUCAUUGACCUUCAAACUAACGAUGGUGGUAGCGAAACACUUGCGUACAAUCUAUUCAAAAUCCUAUUUCCCAGAGGACGUGAUCAUUCGGCGGCGAUGCGCUUUCAUGCAACCGAUGCCAGCAGGCUUUUGACCGAGAAACUUUCAAAGCUUGGAGAUCAAUACCCGCUUUCAUACCCGAGCCCUCUCUACGAAAACUCAACUAUACCAACUAAUUACUUGGUAGCACAAGAGUACAAUUACAACAUCAUGACCAACACUCAGGGCCAGAAUUUCAAGAGCUGGAAGGAUUACUUCGGUCCACGUUUCCACAACGGCGAUCAGUUUUCUAGCCUCUUCAGAUUUAAUUUGAGUUAUUCAGAUUGGACAAAUGGUAUGUAUGGCUAUGGGAGAUAUUCAUCCUACACCCAGCAGCCAUUUCAAGCCCAAGAUAUCAUCAUCCUCACAGAUGGAACAUGUGCUUCAUCCUGCUCUGUUUUUGUGGACCUCAUGCGGACGAUCAAAAAAGUCAAGACUAUUGCAAUUGGGGGCCGUGCACGUUACGGCCCAAUGCAAACCAUUGGUGGUACCCGUGGACCACGAGUAAUGUCUUGGACCGACUUGAACCUUAUGAUGCAGCUUGCAAUUCAAAAUUUCAGCACACCCGAGGAAUCCGCUCGAUCCAUGAAGACUCAACUAGCUACCCUUAUGGACCCCCUAGCGUCUGACCGUUCAGUCCCUGGUAGUAUCUCAAACAUCAAUUUCGCAGAUGCUAUACGUGAUGGAGAUUGGUCUAAUACCCCUCUACAAUUUACUUAUGAGUCUGUAGACUGUCACAUGCUAUUUACAAAGGGAAUGGCAGUUGAUAUAACUGCUAUAUGGAAGGCCGUUGCGGAUUCAGCCUGGGGUUGGAAGAACCACUGCAUUGACGGUAAUCUUCAAGGUUGGGGCAGAUAUUGGCGUCGAGAACUGUACGAGCGUGAGCUUACUCAGCACGAGAAAGAGCUCUCUAAGAGAACCCGGGAAUGGAGAGAGAACCUUAAGCCUGAAGACUUUGCAAUUGAUACAAACCGCCGUAUACAUCAGGCUAGGCCCCGACCAUAUUAG